UUCAAGAGAUGAUUAUAUCAAGAAAACCAUUCAUGAAGUCGGACUUUUCUAAGUAUUGAUCAUCAAUGGCGGAACUGGACCAAGUAAAUGAUGAUACUGCAGUUACACUUCUUCCCGCCAUAAUUCUUGUUGUGAUAUACAUGCUGAUUGGACUAUUCGGAAACCCUCUUGUAGCCUUUUAUUAUGGAUGUCGCGCAAAAGCUACAUCGUCUUAUCAUUUCAUUGUGGCACUAUCAGUUUUCGACCUGAUAACAUGUUGUAUAUCAAUGCCUCUGGAAAUCGUUGACAUGAGAAAUUCAUUUAAAUUUGAAAAUACAAUUGCUUGUAAGAUUCUCCGUUUUGUCAAUUAUUUUGCCAGCAUAUCAUCUGGUGGAAUUUUAAUAGCAAUUGCAGUUGAUCGUUAUAGGAAAAUUUGUCAUCCUUUUAAAAAACAAAUUACACUGAAACUUACAAAAAUUAUCAUCGUCAUCACUUGCAUGUUUUCUACAUGUGUAUCAUGGCCAAGUUUUGUCUUUUACGGAGCACAUGAAGUUAAUGUGACGUCAGUUCCGGGAGUUGUCGGUUACGACUGCACAACAACGAGAGAUAGUUCAUUUAAAAUUUACAUAACAAUUUAUAAUAUUAUACUUUUCAUAUUUUUCUUUGUUGCGAUCACUAGUAUCAUAGUUUUGUAUUGUCUAGUUGGAAAGAGACUUAUAAGUUUGAAACAAUUUCAAUUCUAUGCCGCUAAACCAAAAUCGUCUAACACAAAUACUGCCUCACAUGAUUCCAGUGAUUUUAAAACAUCAAUUGGAAUAUUAAGUCGAAGAACCUCGAAUGUAAUCGAAAUACCCGACGAAACAGAUGACAAACCUUUAGCUACAAUCAAAGAACUCGAUUCUUCGAGUAGACCCUCUUCGGCGACAUCAAGUAGACCAGUGUCUUCCAAAAGUGAAAAUCGAGUUCACCCACAAAAUAUUCUAAACGAUGUUCAAAAAUUUACUGAAGGAGGUUCGAUAGCAUCACCUUCGAAAGGAGUUUCAUCUAUUUCUAUCCAUAUAUCAAACGAAGUCAGAAACGGAUCUGCCAUGUCAAAUCAUUCGGAUCGAUCAAGGUCAACCCGUCAAGGGUCAGCCGCAUCAGGAACAUCUCGUAUAUCCGGGUUAUCAGAGUAUAGCGACAGUAAUUACGUUCCAGCAUCAUCUGAAGCAAGAGAUGCAAGGGGUUCAAUUGACAUUGAUAAAAAAGAUAAGAAACUACAUGCUCAAAAUGUAGAUACUAAAAAAUAUACGAUUAUUAUGCUUUCAAUAUCUAUAGCAUUUAUUGUGAGCUUUCUUCCUUAUCUUGGACUUGUAACAUGGCGGACUUUAGCGAAGGAACACGAGUUUCAUCUUUUUUCGGAUGCUGCUUAUUGUGCUUACCAAAUAUUCAUACGCUCUUUUCUAAUAAGUAGUGCUGUAAAUCCUUUGAUAUAUGGAUUUUUAAAUACAGAAUUUCGUAACUUUGUCAAAACUAUUUGUCAAAAGUGCUGCUGUUGUUGUUGUUACAAACAGAAACAGACUAAGCAAAAACAAGAACAUUCUGCAUCUUUCUCAAAAUGAGACUCUGACUUAUAGUUAUCCAGUCCUCCGACA